CCCGUGCUAGUGAUGGAGGAGAGAAGAUGGCGGAAGCGGAAUUUAAAGACCACAGUACAACAAUGGAUAAUGAACCAAACCCUGGAGCAUCUUCUGUGUCGACAACAACCAGCAGCACAACAACCACCACCAUCACCACUUCCUCUUCUCGAAUGCAACAACCACAGAUUUCUGUCUACAGCGGUUCAGACCGACAUGCUGUACAGGCAUUGCAUCGCCCCCCCAGCUCAGCUGCUCAGUAUCUUCAGCAAAUGUAUGCAGCUCAACAGCAGCACUUGAUGCUGCACACUGCAGCUCUUCAGCAGCAGCAUUUAAGCAGUUCCCAGCUCCAGAGCCUUGCUGCUGUUCAGGCAAGUUUAUCCAGUGGAAGACCAUCUACGUCCCCCACAGGAAGUGUCACACAACAGUCAAGUAUGUCCCAGACAUCUAUCAACCUCUCCACUUCUCCUACACCUGCACAGUUAAUAAGCCGUUCCCAGGCUUCCAGUUCUACCAGCGGCAGUAUUACCCAACAGACUAUGUUAUUAGGGAGUACCUCCCCUACUCUAACGGCGAGCCAAGCUCAAAUGUAUCUCCGAGCUCAAAUGCUGAUUUUCACACCCGCUACCACUGUGGCUGCUGUACAGUCUGACAUUCCUGUUGUCUCGUCGUCAUCGUCAUCUUCCUGUCAGUCUGCAGCUACUCAGGUUCAGAAUUUAACAUUACGCAGCCAGAAGUUGGGUGUGUUAUCUAGCUCACAGAAUGGUCCACCAAAAAGCACUAGUCAAACUCAGUCAUUGACAAUUUGCCAUAACAAAACAACAGUGACCAGUUCUAAAAUCAGCCAACGAGAUCCUUCUCCAGAAAGUAAUAAGAAAGGAGAAAGUCCAAGUCUGGAAUCACGAAGCACAGCUGUCACCCGGACAUCAAGUAUUCACCAGUUAAUAGCACCAGCUUCAUAUUCUCCAAUUCAGCCUCAUUCUCUAAUAAAACAUCAACAGAUUCCUCUUCAUUCACCACCUCCCAAGGUUUCCCAUCAUCAGCUGAUAUUACAACAACAACAGCAGCAGAUUCAACCAAUCACACUUCAGAAUCCAACUCAAGAUCCACCCCCAUCCCAGCACUGUAUACCACUCCCAAACCAUGGCCUUCCUCCAGCUCCAAGUAAUGCCCAGUCACAGCAUUGUUCACCAAUUCAAAGCCAUCCCCCUCCUCUAACCGUGUCUCCCAAUCAGUCACAGUCAGCACAGCAGUCUGUGGUAGUGUCUCCUCCACCACCUCAUUCACCAAGUCAGUCUCCUACUAUAAUUAUUCAUCCACAAGCACUUAUUCAACCACACCCUCUUGUGUCAUCAGCUCUUCAGCCAGGGACAAAUUUGCAGCAGUCUACUGCUAAUCAGGUACAACCCACAGCACAGUUGAAUCUUCCAUCCCAUCUUCCACUCCCAGCUUCUCCAGUUGUACACAUUGGCCCAGUUCAGCAAUCUGCCUUGGUGUCCCCAGGUCAGCAGAUUGUGUCUCCAGCAUCACACCAGCAAUAUUCAACCCUACAAUCCUCUCCAAUCCCAAUUGCAACCCCUCCACAGAUGUCAGCAUCUCCUCCAGCUCAGAUUCCACCACUGCCCUUGCAGUCUAUGCAGUCUUUACAAGUGCAGCCUGAAAUUCUAUCCCAGGGCCAGGUUUUGGUGCAGAAUGCUUUGGUGUCAGAAGAGGAGCUUCCAGCUGCAGAAGCUUUGGUCCAGUUGCCAUUUCAGACUCUUCCUCCUCCACAGACUGUUGCGGUAAACCUACAAGUACAACCACCAGCACCUGUUGAUCCACCAGUGGUUUAUCAAGUAGAAGAUGUGUGUGAAGAAGAAAUGCCAGAAGAGUCAGAUGAAUGUGUCCGGAUGGAUAGAACCCCACCACCACCCACGUUGUCUCCAGCAGCUAUAACUGUGGGAAGAGGAGAAGAUCUGACUUCUGAACAUCCUUUGUUAGAGGAAGUGGAAUUACCUGCUGUGGCAUCAGUCAGUGCUUCAGUAAUUAAAUCACCAUCAGAUCCUUCACACGUUUCUAUUCCUCCACCUCCACUCUUACUUCCAGCUGCUACCACAAGGAGUAAUAGUACAUCUAUGCCCAGUAGCAUUCCCAACACAGAAAAUAAGCCUCCACAGGCUAUUGUUAAACCACAGAUCUUGACUCAUGUUAUUGAAGGCUUUGUGAUUCAAGAAGGAUUAGAGCCAUUUCCUGUGAGCCGUUCAUCUUUGCUAAUAGAACAACCUGUGAAAAAAAGGCCUCUUUUGGAUAAUCAGGUGAUAAAUUCUGUUUGUGUUCAGCCAGAGAUACAGAAUAAUACAAAGCAUGCAGACAAUUCUUCAGACACAGAGAUGGAAGACAUGAUUGCUGAAGAGACAUUAGAAGAAAUGGACAGUGAAUUGCUCAAGUGUGAAUUCUGUGGGAAAAUGGGAUAUGCUAAUGAAUUUUUACGGUCAAAACGAUUCUGCACUAUGUCAUGUGCCAAAAGGUACAAUGUUAGCUGUUCUAAAAAAUUUGCACUUAGUCGUUGGAAUCGUAAACCUGAUAAUCAAAGCCUUGGGCAUCGUGGUCGUCGUCCAAGUGGCCCUGAUGGGGCAGCAAGAGAACAUAUCCUUAGGCAGCUUCCAAUUACUUAUCCAUCUGCAGAAGAAGACUUGGCUUCUCAUGAAGAUUCUGUACCAUCUGCUAUGACAACUCGUUUGCGCAGGCAGAGUGAGCGGGAGAGAGAACGUGAGCUUCGAGAAGUAAGAAUUAGGAAAAUGCCCGAGAACAGUGACUUGUUACCAGUUGCACAGACAGAGCCCUCUAUAUGGACAGUUGAUGAUGUCUGGGCCUUCAUCCAUUCUUUACCUGGUUGUCAGGAUAUUGCAGACGAGUUCAGGGCACAAGAGAUUGAUGGACAGGCCCUUCUCUUGUUAAAAGAAGACCAUCUCAUGAGUGCAAUGAAUAUCAAGCUAGGCCCAGCCCUGAAGAUCUGUGCACGCAUCAACUCUCUGAAGGAAUCUUAACAAGAACAAUAAGGCUUUGAUAUAACACCAGUUUUACUCUUUUUUAAACAGACUUGUAAGGUAAAGGCCUAAGUUGGCCUAGAAUAUUACACUUAUGAUAGAUGGCCAAGCACACUGGGAACUCCACAUCAAGUGUUGACAUUUCUUCUACAAUAUAAUUAUUCAUCAUACAUUUUCAUGAUUAGUCAACAUUGGUAAAAUUGAUUUUACAGGUUACAUGUAACAUUGAAAAAGCUGCUAUAAAGGGCCAUGGUAUUUUUCAAAGAAACAUGUUAUGCUAGAUAAUUUUUAAAAGUGAUGUUUAUCAUUAAUAUAAAGAAUUCUUUUGAAAGUAACUUGAUGAUUUACACUUCUCUUUUGAUUCACUUUUCUCAUACAUUUUUGUACUCUAUUCAUUCUCUAAAGGUUGUCAUAAAGAUAUGGAAUGAUUUAGGAGUCCAAUGAUGGGAUCAUAUGCAUUGAAAUAUCAGUUUGCGUUCUUAAAAAUGUCUUUAACAAGUGCUCUAAGAAAGGAUUGUGUUCUAGCAUAAAUGAUACUGAUCUGGAGGUCAAAAGAGUUGAUUUCUAUUUCAGAUAAUUUGGCUUGCCUGACAAGUUUUCCUCUCAGAGUUUGUACAUUUAGAGCUGUGCCUCUUGAUAGAGAUUGGUUUGCUCUCCAGGGAACAUUUGCCAACAUCUAAAAACAUUUUGAUUGUCACAGAUCAGAACUGAGUUUGGGUGAGGUUGCUACUGAUGUCUAGUAGGAGGCCAGAGAUGUUACAAAAUGUCUUACAAUGUGUAAGCCUACCACAACAAAGAAUUAUCUAGUAAAAAAUGCCACCAGUGCCAAGGUUGAGCAGCGCUGAUGAGGAAUGAAUAAAAAAUGUUAAUUCUUUCACUCAAAGGAACAUUUUAAAGAGAUGGCUCAUAAUGAGGAAACAUGUGUAAUGGAAGUAUUAUUCAGAUAGCAUUAAUGUUCUGAAGUAUUUUUCCAGUUUAUUAAGCAUAAUAGAAAAAGAUAAAUCCAUAAAAUUGGUCUGUCAAAUAAAGACUAGCUUACAAUUUGACACUCAGUACUGAUUCAUAUUAGUUAUCUUUCUUAUCUCUGUGCUGCGCACUGAUGAAGGCAUGAUAUAAUUACACUUAAGAACCAGGGCACCAUUUUCUGGUAAGGAAGUUUUGGGUGGAUAUGUGAUUGCACUUUGGAUUUCUUCUAGUAUUGAACAUGCACAUUCCUUUUUCCUUUACUAAAUCUUCGCAUGCUUCCUGCAGAAUACUUAACAAGUGAUUUCUUUUGGAUGAUCAGAUCUAACUUAAAAAAACUAUGAAGCAAAACUUUUUCACUAACUUUUCAGUUAGUUUUCUAUAGAACUAGGACACUAAAAAAAUUGUGGAGUCCUGAUAGCUUUAUAGUCUUGGGUGUCAAAUGUUUUAUUUGAGAAGACUGUGAAAGUUUCCGUCAUUUCCUAUAUCUUAUCUUUUACAUGUGAUUGAAGGAAAAUACACUGAUAUUUGGCCACGAAGUUCAUUAAGUGAAAACAGAGAGUCCGUGAGUUUCAGUCAUUUCACUGCUCUUUUCAAAAAGAUUGCGUUGAGCUAGUAAAAAACUAAAGAUGUCACAAGACAUCACAGAUAUUUAUCUUUUGGCUUUGUGUACAUUAGAAAAUGUUGAUUAUUUUUAUACAAAAAUAUAGCGGGUAAUUUUUUUAAUCUUUAGAUGCCUCUUGUUUGAAUGUAUGCUUUGUGGGAUUCUUUGUGUAGUUGUUUUUAAAAAAGAUGUUUACUGAUAGUCAUGUGUAGGGUUAGAAUGUGUAAUAUAAUGGAAGGCUCAUGUUCCAGACCCACAAUAGCUUAUAGUCUAUGUUACAUAUUUCUUUGUAUCACAGUUUUAAUUAUUGGAUUAAAGUUCAAGGAAAGGUAGGUACUCUACAGUUUUCAUUUAUUAGUAGUUAAUCAUCAGGACAUAAUUGUGAUGUGCUUUUCCCCUCAUCUUGCAAUUUCAGAACAUAAACAUAUGCUAAGCAGUAUUAAGAGAUUGUCCAUGUAUGGAGGGAGGGAGGCACAAGGGAAAAUCUCCCCUGGAAUUAAAACUUUAUUGUAGUUAAUCCACAGUUAAUAUAAAAUUGAUUUUUCAGGGAUAGCUCCUCUAGCAAUAAUUAUUUA